CUAACCAUCUACAGCGUCAACAAAAAUGGGGCGUCUCACCGAGUACCAGGUCAUUGGGCGUCACCUGCCCACCGAGGCUAACCCCACGCCCAAGCUGUACCGCAUGCGCAUCUUUGCGCCCAACACCGUUGUCGCUAAGUCGCGGUUCUGGUACUUCCUGACCCAGCUCCGUAAGGUCAAGAAGGCCAACGGUGAGAUCGUCAGCCUCAAUGUGAUCAACGAGAAGCGCCCUACCAAGGUCAAGACCUUCGGUAUCUGGCUCCGCUACGACUCCCGCUCCGGCACUCACAACAUGUACAAGGAGUUCCGUGAGAUGAGCCGCACCGAGGCCGUUGAGGCUCUCUACCAGGACAUGGCUGCCCGUCACCGUGCCCGCUUCGGUUCCAUCCACAUCCUUAAGGUUGUUGAGAUCGAGAAGGCCGACACCAUCCGCCGCCCUUACAUCAAGCAGCUCCUCUCCAAGAACCUCAAGUUCCCCCUGCCCCACCGUGCUUCCAAGCUCCCCGGCAAGCAGAUCUUCGCCUACUCUCGCCCCUCUACUUUCGCUUAAACGUGAUGUUUUGGGUUUGGGUUUGGGUGAAAGGAGUGUGUGGAUGAAUGACUAUGUUAUGGCCAUAGCAUGCACGAAGGACACGGAUCACGCGGAGAACAAGGCGUGUAUCCACAACCCAGAAAAUGGGACGGAUGGUUUUCAUGUCUCUUUAGUCCUCUGCAGCGACCCUUUCAAGUUAUAUCAAAAAAUACCGGGGUAUUGUUUUCAGUUUUCAUAUAUGCUUGGGCAUGUAGACGACCUGUAGAAGCCUUUUUGCCAUAUACCGGUAGGUACUUCGUACCUAGAUCGUCAGUCCGCAUUUUUGUCUGGCCACAGCUUAG